GAGAAUCAGUCAGUCUUUCGUGGCCUUUCAAACCACGUCGCCGUAGAUAUAAUACUUUUAUUAAAGUGUGUGAAUAUAUUAUAUUCUUCCAACAUUGAAUACUUUUAAAGCAUUAUUUGCUGUAGUUCAUUUUUAACACGAUAUAUAACUUUCCAAUUAACAUUCUGUUUCGAAAUAUUCGAUCUAGAAUAAAUAUUUCUUUUCCGACAUGAUAAUAUUUCUAAAACUAUUAUUAAGCAGCGGGUUAAUGUUCAUCGCUGAGACGGUUUUUAUUCUUAAUGAAUCAUCUUUAUGCUAUGAAUCAUCAAAAUAUAUAACACCAAACCAUUACGAUAUCAAGUUUAUAUCAUCAAUUGAAGAAAACAUUUUCUAUGGAGAAUACAAUAUCAGCAUAAGCAUUCUUAACAAAACACAAAAUAUAUUGUUCAACAACAUAUAUCCAGAAAAAAUAUAUUUUGAAAAUAUAGUUUUAAUUAAAAAUUUAGAAAAACAUCAUAAGAAUGCUAAAUAUACAGUUUAUAAACCGACAUAUAAUAUUGAAGAAGACAUAAUUGAUGUUUCUUUUGAUGAUGAGUUAUUACCAGGAAAUUACAUUUUAAUUAUAAAAUAUUUCGGUAUUACUGAUACAGUUUUUAGAAUUUUCGAUAUGAAAGAAAAACUUGCUUUCGUAGCUGCUACUCAUUUUUAUAUAAUAGGCACACGACAUAUAAUGAGUACGUGUUGGGAUGAAAAGUAUUUAUUCUUAGAACCAACCUUUAACAUAUCUAUAGGAUGUAAUCAAUGCACGGCUUUGUCAAAUAUGCCAUUGCGAAAUACGGAAAAAAAUAAGUACAAUAUGUUAUGGACACACUUUGAUACCACACCUGCAAUGUCGCCGUAUCUUGCAACGAUAAUUGUGUCCAAUUACUUAACACGUGUUGAUAAUAAUACUCAACAUAUUCAAAUGUGGUGCAAAAACGAAUCUGUAUUUUACAUGGAAUUUGCAAAAAAUGUAGCUGAAAUAACCACGUUGUUCUAUAAAACUAAAUGGAAACAAGGUUCGAACAGUAUUUCGAAGGUGACUCAUGUUGCAAUUCCAAAUUUCCCUGACAAUGGCACGAUAACUUUUGGACUUGUUUUGUAUAACGAAAUGGAUAUCGUUUACGAUAAGAAUUUAUAUCCUAUUGCUCACAAAAUCGAAAUAGCUCAAUUAGUAGGACAUAAAGUGACACAGCAACGGUUUUAUAAUCUGAACAAUCCGUUUCGAUCGUCUUCUUGGUUUAAUGAAGUUCUUACUACAUUGCUUACAACGUAUGCUCUCGAUUCGAUUUAUCGAGAUAAUAGAGCAACAAAUUUAUUUGUUGUUCAAAAUCAACAUACUUCUUUUUAUUUGGAUGAUUAUGAUUUGUGGAAUUCUAUUUCACAAGAUGACAGUUUAUUGAAAAUUCGCGAAUCCAUCAGAGCACCCUGUAUACUGCGCAUGAUACAACACGCCGUAACCAAAGAAAUAUUUCAAAAAGGCGUUCGCUCAUAUACAAAUAGCACCCAUGUUCAUCGUCAAAGUUUUAUGACUUUUUUGGAAGAAGUUGUUGCUCAUGCAAAAAAUGUAGAUAUUGAUAUAUCAUUACAAACAAUGAAAUAUUGGACUUUGGAAGAGCAUUGCCCUCUCAUCAAAGUAGUACGAAAUUAUGAUAAUCCUAAGAGCAACUAUAGAAUAUCGAUACAAAAUUUCGACAUAUUAAAAAUUGAUUGCGUUCCUGUAACUUAUGUCAUCCAGUCGCUUCCCGAUUUUGACAGUUCGAUGCACCGCCUUUUAUGCAAAUCAAAAGAUAUAGAACUUACAUUCACACAUAAAGAGCGUGGUUGGUUUAUAGUAAAUGUACAACAAAUAGGAUAUUACCGCGUUAACUAUGAUGAUGAGAAUUGGCGAAGAAUUUCAGAUUAUCUAUACAAUGAUGAUUUUACGACAAUUCAUGUUCUUAAUCGUGCCCAAAUUAUCGAUGAUGCAUUUCAUUUAAUGAUAGCAGGCCAACUCGAAGCCUCUAUAUUCUGGGAUAUCAUAUCGUAUUUGCAUGAAGAAGAAGAUUAUAUCGCAUGGUAUCCUAUGUUUAAAGCUCUGGAAUACAUAUUUAGUGCUUUUCCAGUGGAAAAUAAAACUGAAAAAUUUGCGGAUAGAAUAGAUGGGAUAAGAACCAUAUUACACGAGUUACUUGCAAAAAUCAAAUAUGAAGAAAUUGAUGAUGCAGACGAACUUAGAAUAUGUUUACGACAAGAAGCUGCAAAAUGGGCAUGUUUUUUCGGUGACAUCACUUGUAUGGAAGAAGCCAACAAUAAAUUAAAACAACAUCUCCACGAUUCUAUAAAACACAGACUUUUGCCAUGGUGGAAGACAUGGACAUAUUGUAGAGGUUUGAUGACAACUACGAGAAAUGAGAUCACUUUUGGAAUAGUGUAUACUAGAGGAUUCGAAACAACUGACAUUAAAUUUUCAGAAUACUUGGCUUGCAUUGAAGAUACUGAUUUCAUCAUACAUUAUUUAAGUUAUAAACAUGUCACUUAUACAAAACAGCAAGAUCAAUUUCUCGCUAACACUUUCUUACAUUUUAUUACGAAGCAUGCGAAGAAUCCAAUUAUACUGCAGUAUAUAUUCGAUAAUUUUAACGAAAUAAAACCAAAAAAUGUUAAUAUAAUUGCAGCAAUUAUUAUUAUGAUUAAUAACGUAUAUUCCGAAAAUUUAGCUAAGUCAAUAGAGGUACACUCUAAAAGUAUUGUAGAAGCUAACGUAAUUGAAGUGAACACAGAAGAUCAAUUUAAAAAACAUCGAAUAAAGGAGAUGAAUGACCGUGUAAUACAUAAGAUUGAGUUAUAUUCUUAUAUUAUAAUCAAGGUUAAAACUAUUCGCAAAAAACAAAUCGAGAAGCAGAGACAAUAUUUUGCAAGAUUUUUCUUCUAAUCGGUGGAUGUAAAAAAAUUGCAGCUUUGCAUACGUGGAAGUACUUUAUAUAAUUUUUUUUAUAUUACAUCUAUUCGUUUUACUGCUUUAAAUAUUGCUUAUUUAGAUGUAUUACUAUCCAAUGCUUUUAUAUUUACCUAUAUGACUGCAUGCAUCAAGAUUCUCAUGUUUUUGCGAUCUUGUUUGAAGUAGUAGAAUUAUAUAUUAUUGUGCAACCGGCGCGCAGAAAAUCGCUCUUUACGUACAUGAUGGGAUUUUAGAAAGGGCUCUUUUUCCACGCACCGGUCACACAAAAUAUCGUAGCCAACAUGUGCGGAUCGUAACUCGGCUUCGCUUCGUGCACCAAACUUCCGCACUCUCGACCGAUUAAUGAUCUCCCGCACUUGUUAGCU